GAGGCCCUCUCCUUCAAGAAGUUUGAGAAGGACCACAAAAAGACGGAUCGGGUCCGAAGUCAUCAGAUGAGCCUAGACCGGGUCACGUCUGCAUCCGCAGCAACUCUGCGGGGGCAGGGAUGGUUACCCGGUGCUGAUGCCAAAGAAGCAGUGUUGCCCUCGGAGAUCGGUGUGAAGAGGAGAGCGGACGAGCAGGAGGGGGAGGUGGAGCUGAAAGGCAGAGGUAAGGGCCAGGAAAAGGGUGGCGACAAGGGAAAGGGCAAGGGCAAGAUGACCGUCAAGGACGGGAUCUGA